CGGAGCCAACUGCGGUGCGUCUCUUAGCAACCGUAUCAAGCGGCAAACAUUCCCGCGGACAACGUGGCAUAAAUAAGGAGCCCGAUAGGAUUUAUUCAAGCAGCAACAGAUUUCCAAAAUGCCAAGCCAUCGGGAUCCGUUCCCUCUACUUAAAUAUGAAAAUGAUAACACGUUCACUGGUAAACGGGAGUGUCAGAUGCCGAACUAUAGCAAACCCGUACAUCUUGCUCAGAAUGACCAGCCGUGGUGCCGUUUAAGUGAGCGCGCAACUUUGGCUAGUACCAGACGCUGCGUUUUCCAUCACGACGCAGGGGUUCCAAGGGACAGCCUGGACUUGCAUCUAAAGGCUACCUAUGAUCACCACCAAGAAUUUCUGAGGACCAAAAACCAGACCCUAUUUCAGAAGGAGACCUUCACCAAUGGCGACGGGAGAAUUCUAAAAAUUCGGGCGGAGGAUGAUCCACCCAGGAACAGCGGUGCGACAGCGCAAAUACAAAUGUGGGUUAACCCCCAGAAACUGUCGAUUUACAGCAUCAAAGGAACAAUCGAGAGCCACCAUAACGCCUCCACAAACAGGGGCUACUCGCGAAAGGAGGGCGGCGGAUUCUACUCCACCUAACGUAUUCACGUGCUACUUUGGGAGUGCUUCAAUGCACAGCCGCUGCUAAAAUAUUAAAAAGCUCUUGAAAGUUUGAUGCUAGAUUGAAUUACAUGGAUUACCACUCCGAUCAGUAUAGAAAUAUUCAGACAACCGUUUAGUGAACUCCUACAACACAGAUCCCAAACCGUUACCAAAGUUAUUGGCGAAAUAAAAACUUGACCUUAA